AUGGUAUUAGCUGACUUGGGUCGGAAAAUUCGUAAUGCAAUUAGUAAACUUGGCCAAGCAACAAUCAUCAAUGAAGAUGAGCUCAAUGCAAUGCUCAAAGAAGUCUGUGCUGCAUUGCUGGAAGCUGAUGUUAAUGUACGACUCGUUAAACAGUUGAAAGAUAAUGUCAAAAAGACUUUGGAUUUCGAUGAAAUGGCAGGUGGUGUUAACAAAAGACGACUGAUUCAGCGUUGUGUUUUCACUGAAUUAAUGAAAUUAGUCGAUCCAGGAGUGAAACCUUUCCAACCUACAAAAGGAAAGCCUAAUAUUUUCAUGUUUGUUGGCCUACAGGGAUCCGGUAAAACGACGACUUGCACCAAGUUGGCAUACUAUUACCAAAAAAAAGGUUGGAAAACAUGUUUAAUUUGUGCUGAUACAUUCCGUGCUGGUGCAUUUGAUCAGUUGAAACAAAAUGCUACAAAAGCGAGGAUACCAUUUUAUGGAAGUUAUACAGAAAUGGAUCCAGUUACUAUAGCUGCAAAUGGUGUCGAUAAAUUCAAAGACGAUGGAUUCGAAAUUAUUAUUGUCGAUACUUCUGGUCGACACAAGCAAGAAGCUUCGCUUUUCGAAGAAAUGUUGCAAGUGUCGAAUGCAGUGAAUCCUAGCAAUAUAGUCUUCGUUAUGGAUGCUUCGAUUGGACAAGCUUGUGAAGCUCAGGCUCGUGCUUUUAGUGAAACUGUCGACGUUGGUUCAGUGAUUAUCACCAAAUUAGACAGUCAUGCAAAAGGUGGUGGAGCUCUUUCAGCUGUAGCUGCAACACAUUCUCCUGUGAUAUUCAUUGGCACUGGCGAACAUAUUGAUGAUUUCGAGCCAUUCGAAGUGAAACCUUUCGUGCAGAAACUGUUAGGCAUGGGCGACAUCGAAGGUCUUGUGAAAAAGGUUAAUGAAAUCGGUAUUGAGGAUAACGAAGAACUUAUCAAGAGGUUGAAGCACGGGAUGUUUACACUGCGUGAUAUGUACGAGCAGUUUCAAAAUAUCAUGAAAAUGGGUCCAUUCAAUCAAAUUAUGAGCAUGAUUCCUGGAUUUGGACCAGAUUUUAUGUCUAAAGGUAACGAACAAGAGUCGCAGUCCAGGCUCAAGAAACUGAUGACUAUUAUGGAUAGCAUGUCUGAUGCAGAAUUAGACCAUCCAAAGGCGAAUGAUUUAUUCUCAAAAGAGCCUGGUCGAGUUCAACGUGUGGCACGUGGAAGUGGAACAGCAACAAGCGAAGUGAAAGAAUUAUUGACACAGUAUAAGAAAUUUGCUGAUAUGGUGAAAAAGAUGGGUAGCAUGAAGGGCUUAUUCAAGAACGGUGAUAUGAAUACGAAAAACAUUAAUCCAUCUCAACUACAAAAGCUCAAUCAACAAAUGGCAAAAAUGAUGGAUCCACGGGUGCUGCAACAAAUGGGUGGUAUGGGUGGUUUACAAAAUAUGAUGAAGCAGUUACAAGGCGCUUCUUCUUCCCUAGGCAAUCGUCGAAAUAACUAA